AUGCCUAGUGUAGAUAUAGAUGCUAGUCAAUGGCAGAAGUUGACACAGUCAAGAGAAAAGCAGACCACGGUGAUAACACCGCUUGGGAUGAUGAUGCUGGAGAUUCAAGGUGAACUAGAGUUGCCUAAGGACUUUGCGUCGCUGGCGAGGAGAGAUUCUCCAAAUGAGGGAAGGUUCAGUGAACAGGACGGCGAAACUUUAAUACGAUUUGGGUCGUUACAGAUUGACGGAGAGAGGGCCACAUUGUUUGUCGGCAAGAAACAGCGUUUACUGGGGAAGGUGACAAAGCUAGACGUACCGAUGGGUAUAAUGCAUUUCAAUUCGAAAGAUAAUAAGGUCGAAUUAGUUGAUGUAAUGAAAUAUAAGGUUAUCUUUAAGGAUAGGCCUCUACCUAUUAUGUAA